GGAAGCGGAAGAAGCUUGUAAUGUGUGUCUUGUGCAUUUAGAGUGGAAAGUAUUCAAUACUCAGCGUAUUAUUGUUGUCUUUACGUCUCAGCUUGUCUUCAAAGCCAAGUUUGAGUCGCUGGAUUUUGAAUUAUCAUAGCAGCUAGCAUUAGCUUGUUUAGCUAACGCUAUUAAGUUAAAUUAGCUUUAAUUAUAGCUAGCCAGCUGUACCUGCUUUCACUUUCCCGUUUGAAUGUCACUGGGCAGUCUUCACUGCAGCUAGCUAGCUAACUAACUAGCCGGACGGUUAGUUGGGAAAGUAGGUCCUCUCUCCUCCAGGAUGCUCCUCAUCGCCCUGGUAUGCAGCCUGUGUGUGGCUGCCACAGCACAGGUGGAGAAUGACUGGAUAGACCCCUAUGAUAUGCUCAACUACGAUGCAAGCACCAAGUCAAUGAGGAAGCCCGCAGAGCCAGCAAACUAUGACAAUGUGCCAACCAAGAGGAGAGAGUAUAAUCGGGACUCCAACCAGGUGGAGGUGACACCGUGUGGCACUCAGGUAGCGGAGCUACAGAGACAGAAUGAAGAACUGAAGAAGAAAAUCACUCUCAUCUCACAACCGUCUACAUGCAGCCCAUUGUUCAAGCGAUUUCUCACCAGACUACAGAAGGAAGUAGAAAGAGUUGGUUUGCCCAGUGACUCCACGGAGGUCUUAUAUGAUGCCAAAAUCCGGCUGUCCAAACAAGCCAUGACAGAGAUUCAGUCUCUUCUGAAUGGUGAAGAGAGCUUUACAACAGGAGCUCUGGACAAGAUACUGGUGGAUCUCAGACCACAUGACUACCAGGCCUGGAAGUGGCGUUUUGAAGACACCUUUGGCGUGGAGCUGGACACAGUAUUAAAACUAGGGCUGGGUAUUCUGGUCCUAGUGGCCAUCAUAUGCACUCAGCUGUGGUCAAAGGUGUCCUGGUUCGUACAGUUCGGCAGACUGUUUGGGGUCAGCUUCUUCGUCAGUAUUAUCUGGAACUGGAUCUAUCUGUACAAGAUUGCCUUUGCUGAGCAUCAACGCAAACUAGCAAAGAUGAACGACAGCGAAUAUGAAAAAUGCAUUGGAGUGAGGAAAAUUGACUGGAGUGAUAGUUUGAAAGAGUGGUUGAGAAGCACAUGGACUCUACAAGAUGACCCUUGUAAGAAAUACUAUGACGUCGAUCCCUGGUUGUUGGUGCCUCCAACGAAGGCGUUAGCAGUUACCAUCACAACCUUCAUCACAGAGCCGCUGGAGCACAUCGGAGAGGGGAUCAGCAAGUUCCUUCGAGCCCUUCUCAAAGAUCUUCCAGUUACCCUGCAGAUCCCAGUUCUCAUCACCAUUGUGCUCGCCAUUGUGGUAUGCAUGUAUGGAGGCGUGCAGGCAGCCUUCCAGCAUGGCAUCGCUGCACCUUUCCGCCGCCCUCGAAGGGACCCACCUCCUCCACAGCUGGAGCAACGGCAGCCUCAUCUCCAGCAGAUUGAGGACGGUGACCACUUAGCAGGAGGGGAUGGACCGCAGCAUGCCCCGAGGCACCGAGCCGAUGAUGCCAGGUUAUACAGGAACCAGAUUCAUCGGAGGCGGCCCAACAGACCCAGGGAAGAGCCAGCCAAGGUGGUUGUGGAGACGCUACACAAUGCCGAGCCUAACUACAGUGAGAACGAGACGGAUACUGCGCCGCCGCAUGAGGAGGAGCAUAAUCUCUCUGCUGAGUCUGAUUCAGAAAACCAGCAGGAGACACAAGAUGAGGUAGAAGGAGCGACUGCUAGAACUGUUCCUGCUAACGCAACCCAAACAAAAACUAAGCCCACUGAGUCAGAAGUAUCUCCAUCAAAGACGAAACCUCCGAAAGUGAAUAAAAAACUUUUUAAAGGUGAACUCAGCAGAGACAGUGCAGCACCAAGGUCUCAGCCAGCAGAAGGGCGGCCUUCACAAACUGAAGUCCAGCUGUGCACACGCUCUAAUGGGAUGGUGAAUAUUCACGUGCGACAUAAAUUGGAUCUGCAGGCCUCAGCAGAAGACAGGACCUCCUCUGACUCACUGCUGCCUGUUGAAACUGUCGGAGUUCCUGUUCAGGAGACAUCUCCAACGCCAGCAAAUUAGGCAGUUUCUGCAGAGUCAGAGCUGGAAGAUUAACGUCAUCAGUGUUUUUGUUCACUGUGGAUGUUUAAAUGUGCAUGUACAACAUUUAAAAGGUAACCGAAUUAGGGAACCAGCCCAGUGUUGCCAACUAACUUCAUCUUACUGCAGUGUGGUCAACUGUAUGUUUCACACAGCAGUGCAGGUUUGUGAAUCUGCUCUUAGACAUCACAACUAAAACCAGUAUUAGGUAGGCAGGAAACAGUGUUAGAAACAGCUUUGUUUACGAAAAGGUAUGAAAUGCAGGAUUUUCCUAAAAAAAAUAUGUCGACUCAUUCAAAACUAAUUCCUCUCAAUCAUCACUCAUGCCCCUUUAGCAGUGUGUGGUGGUGUUUAGGACGUUUUUGGUCGUCACCUUUGGGUAUUGGUGUGUAGCCCCCAGCCAAUAGCAGCACGUGGAUAAAAAUGUAGCGGCCAGCCGCCUCUCUCCUCUGCUCUGUGAUUUGAGAUGCAUGUCUGUGUGUCUACUUAAAGGAGGGCGAGGUUUUGCCCCACACACACUCACAGAAGCUAAGUGGACAGGGUGAAGCUUGCACUUCAGCUGAAUUCACGCAAAAUUUGUCAAUGUCGUACCUUCCUGCAGGGUUGUGCGAAGGUGCGGCCAUGUUUACAGUAAUUGCGCUUUUCUGAUUCACUGCUUGUUAAUACCUCUACCUGUCUUCAUUCACUUUCUGGUUGACCACCACUGCUCUCUCCGUCUUGCUGAGUGGAGGAGGAGGAGGGGCAAAGUUUGAAGGCUGUGUUUACAAACAGUAAUCUAUAAAUCCUGCCUAGUAUACCUUUAAUCUGGUGUUUCAGUGUGUCUCACUCAUGGGCAGGUAUCAGGGAACUACAAACUGGGUUUUCCUAGUAUCACUGUAAUGAUGGUAAUGGACUGUUUAAUUACUGCAAUGCAGGACUUAUAAUGUGUUUCAAUUUUGAUGUUGAAAUACAGAUUUGGAUUUUGUAAUUUAAAGGGGAUGAAAAAUAUUUUUAUGCUGUUUUUUUUUUUUUUUUACAAUAAGCUAUUUUUGUGAUUAUUAACUGUACAUAGAGGGCUUGAAAUAGUGAUGCUGAAGCCAUUUUUGCUGAGCAGCAGUGUUACUGUCUUUCAUUUUCUAUUGGACGGGGCAAACUGCUCAUACAGAGCUAACAGGUAAAUCAAGUUGUGCAUCAUAAAAUCAUCAAUAUCAAGUCAACUUAAUUCAAUAAAAAUAUUUUUUAAACAAGGUA